AACCGAGUGAUAGUCGAUAAUAAUUGGAAUUCCAGCGAUAUCAUUUUCUAUAAGAAAAAUGUUUUAUUGAAAUAUAUUUUUAUGUUAUUGUAUUGGUGUAUAUUCUUUUAUUAAAUUAAUCCACUUAGUAUGUCAAUUAAAGUAAUUGUAAUAUUUUAUACGUACUGUAUUUAUUUCAUUAAUAUCGUAGAUUAUUUUUCUAUUUUGAAGUUUAAAAUAUCGUAAAUAUCGUAAAGUUUGCCUGCUUUUUAAUAAAUAAGGUGUCAUUUAAGUAUGCUCCUGAUGUGAUUUGAAUUCGUUACUUCUCGUGGCGCUGCUACAACUGGUAUCGUAUCGAUCGAUUGAUGUUUGAGGUUAUGUUUCUUAGUGUUACGACAGCCACUGUACGAUAAUAUCAUAAUUUCUUUUCAAAGAAAAAUUUUCUUGUUAAUUUAAUCGUGUGUUGUGUCUGGUUUUGAUAAUGUCUUCGUGGAAGAAAGCAGCGAAAGCCACACAGAAGACUCAUUGCGAGAGACAUCAACCAGAGACUCGCAAGCACUUGGGUCUUUUGGAGAAAAAGAAAGAUUAUAUUGCUAGAGCCAAAAAUUAUCAAGAAAAACAACAGACUUUAAAACUUUUGCGUAGACGUGCCCUAAACAAAAAUCCAGAUGAAUUUUAUUUCCAUAUGAUCAAUUCCAAAAUUACAGGAGGUGUCCAUAGAGAAAAAAAAAAAUGUAAAAAUCAUACACCGGAACAAAUACAGCUAAUGGAGACACAAGACAUUAGAUACAUUGCUCACAAGAGAAACAUAGAAGCAAAGAAAAUAAACAAGCUUCAGAGUCAACUGCAUAUGAUAGAUGCUGCAAAUGAAACCAAGAAUAAACAUAUCUUUUUUGUAGAUGAUUCGAAGGAAGUCAAAAACUUUGAUCUUGCCAAGAAAUUGGAUACACACCCAGCAUUAAUAUCCAGACGCACAAACAGACCAAAAUUAAGUAAAUUAAAAGAUAUGAAAUUACCAGACAUAGAUGAGACAAGCUUGAGAAAAAUUGAAAGUGAUAAACACAAUGCUUACAAUGAAUUACAAAAGAGGAUAGAAAGAGAAAGGGAAUUGACUAUUAUACAACAAAAAUUAGAAAUGCAAAGAGCACUAAAAGAUAAAAAAAUUACUAAACCAAAACUAGUAAGCAAAGAAACAAAGGAUGCCGCUCCCAUUUACAAAUGGAAAUUUGAAAGAAAACGAUAACUUUUAUUAUCUGUAUUUAAGGCGCAUUUUUAAUAAACAACAAAACAAUCUA